CCGCGCCCGCCAUGUCUUUCUUCGGCCUGACCUACCUCGGCAGCGGCAAUGUCUUCAGGAACACCAGGGCGAACAGGCUCGACGGGCUCUUGGCCGUCCCCGCCGAAGCCUUCGUCGACGCGUUUCACCAGAUGAGCCUGGAGCGGACCCGACCAAAACUGGCUGGAGAGAUUGGCGUGGACGGGGUUUCCUUCAUGAUGCGCGGCGAGCUGCCAGAGCUGAUGGAGCGGGUGCUCGGGAGGGUCCCCGAGCGCGAGGAGCUGGACGUCUUUCUCACUUUCUUCGACAUCACAGUCACCGGCGUCAUCGACGUACGCGAGUUUGAGGACGGGAUCGCCAGGAUGAGGAACAGGAGUGAGCAUCCCGCGAGCUCGAGGAACUACGACAGCUCUAUCCAGAUGCAGCGGGACAGGGCGAAGAACCGGCGGCACGGGACGGAUCCCCAGAUGGCGUACGCCAAGCCCCUGCUCGCGUCGCAGGAGUACGGCUGGUUCACGCAUCAGGCGCAGCCGUCGGAGAUUGGGUUCAGGCGCGAGUAUCGAGGCGUGCAGAAAACAGACGUGACCUUAAACGAGGGCAGGUCGCUGCAGAGCUACUUUGGCGAGAUGUGAAGAGGAUGGCGGUUUAUUAACAGGAUGGCGUUCGACCCGAUCUAGCCAGAGGUUCUUC